AUGUGGAAAAGUGUGAUUAUCAUCUUUCUGGCCUUUCUUUUCACCCUCGAUGCAGCACCUGAAGCGGCUGUCGAGACAGAGACUGUCCAGGAUGCGCCACCAUAUCGCCUGCCCAACACAACUGAGCCUGUGAAGUACGAAUUGUGGAUGACAACGAAUAUUCAUACUGGCGAAUUCGCAUUCAAUGGCCGAGUCAGCAUUACCAUUCGAGUCUUGACCACCACCCAAGCGAUUCAUCUCAACUCGGUGGGUCUUAACAUCUACGGUGGAAACAUCAGGGAUGAAUUUGGAGUUGAAAAGGCACUGACAGCAACUACACCAUAUGUAGAAAAUCAAAUUGUUGUAAUUGAUGUGACGGAAGUGCUGGUGGCUGGAAGAACCUACAUCCUUACGCUCGAAUUCGAUGGACAUUUGCAAAGUCAAGCCAGAGGAUUCUACUAUAAUCGCUAUACCGAUGAUUUCGGGCGGACCUUUUACAUAGCCAGCACAGCUUUCCAGCACAUUUUCGCCAGAUGGGCUUUUCCCUGUUAUGAUGAACCGCGCUUCCGCACGCCCUUCACCAUCCACGUCACCCAUGGUAGUCUCUAUCGUGCUGCUUCUAACGUGGCGGUACUUUCAGAAGAAAAUCAUGAAGACGACAUGAUGACCACACACUUCCACGAGACUCAUUUCACGAUGUCUGUGAAUUUAGUGGCCUUCUCAGUAACUAAUUAUGUUUCUGUAAGCGCAAUGUCUUCUUCAAAUAAGCCAAUGGGUGUCCUCGCUCCUGUUCAUCAAAUCGAGCAGGUUGAAUUUGGUCUCAACAGAACAAUUGAGUUUUACGAGAAAAUCGAGAGGUACACAGCUAUGCCACUUUCCCUGUUGAAACUCGACAGCAUCGUUAUCAAUGAUUUCAUGCACAUUACGAUGGAAAAUUGGGGAUUAAUGACAUAUGACUCCAAAUAUUUCCUGCACAAAGAGGGCGUCACGACCAUUGGCCAAACAGUGGAUAUUGUGAAACUCAUCACCCACACUCUCAUGCACAACUACUUUGGCAAUCUCGUGGGCAUCCCUUGGUGGUCAUACACGUGGAUGACCGAAGGAUUCGCCACAUACUUUGAGUACUACAUCACUGAUGAAUACUUUCCCGAUCUCCACAUGUCAGACGUGUUUGUGACCCUCUUCUUGCAGAGGAGUCUCUAUGAAGACUCCUUGCUCAGCACUCGACCUAUGAGCACUUACAGCUUCGACAACAUCUUCGACAUUGACUCCGUCUUUGAUGGAAUAACUCUUAGAAAGGGUCCAGCAAUUAUUAGAAUGUUGGAUAAUGUUCUUGGCAAAGACACCUUCCAACUUGGUGUGAGAAAUUUCUUAUUUGAAAUGGCCUACAGUAUCGCGGAGCCAGCAGAUCUGUACAGAAAUCUACAGAGUGCUGUAAAUUUAAAUGGUGAUCUUCCUUCUGACCUCACUGUGGCAGAAAUGAUGUAUCCAUGGGAACAUCUUCCCGGCUAUCCGCUCGUUACCAUUAUGAGGAAUUAUCAAAACAAUGAAAUCGUGGUCAACCAGAGAAGAUUUCUCUACCAACGAGAAGAUAACGAUCCUGAAUGCUCUUGCUGGCAUAUUCCACUUUCCUUUGCUACGACUUAUAAUCCUGACAUGGAAAACACCAAACCAUCAACUUGGCUCCGCCGAGGCACUAAAGAACUCGUUCUUAGAACCACAGAAAAUCAAACAUGGUCAUCAGAAGACUGGGUUCUCUUCAAUAUCCAGCAAACUGGCUUCUAUCGAGUGAACUAUGACACACAAAACUGGAGACUUUUGGCCAAUGAACUUCAUCAGGGCCCACCUUUCAAGAUUGGAACACUGAAUAGAGCUCAAUUGAUUGACGAUUCCUUCAGUCUGGCGUUCUCUGACAUUAUUGAAUUUCCUCUGUUUCUAGACAUCAUCAAGUACAUCCGCGAAGAAGAAGAGUUUCCCGUUUGGACCACUGCUGAACGGCAUCUUAUUGCUCUCAACCGUCGCCUAGAAGGACCAACAUAUGAAUUACACUUUGGUAGAUUCCUCAAGUAUCUUACCAGCGAUCUCUUCGACAAGUUAGACAUCUUCGAGAAUGUUGGAGGCACAGAGAGUGCCAGAAUCACCUUCCUUCGCCCAAUCAUUGUGGACCUCGCUUGUCGUGCGGGAUCUCCAAAAUGCCUCACUGCAACUAGGAUUCUCGUAAUGGCCGAAGCCUUAACAGGACAUCGCCUUGUGCCGCAUGAGAAGAGCUCGGUAUACUACUGCCAUGGACUGAGAAAUGCCAAUUGGGAAACGUACUUCUACUUCUGGCGUCGCCUCCAUUCCAUCCCAGAUACUCAAGAGCGACACCAUCUGGUGAAUUCGUUGAGUUGCUUCCAAAGCAGUUCAUCAAUUGCUGACCUUCUGCUUACUACGUCAAUCAUCGAUUCUUCCGCUGAAAUCGUGUACAGCGUUCUUGAACGCUUUAUGGUCCUCGCAACAGCCUUCCGCAACGGACACGUGAAAGUCGUGAUAAACUUCCUGAAGGAAAAUCACGAGGAUGUGGCGAAGACCUACACAUUCAACUAUCGCAUGGAGGAGAUUCUUCGUGAAAUGACAGGAUAUCUUCACAGUGAUGAGGAGGAGGCAGAUUUCGAGGACAUGCUGACUAUCUUCUUCGAGGCAGGACAUCUCAGUGCUCUCCAAAUUGCUGGAAUUAGACAGGAAAUGGAGCACAACCAGAGAUGGAUAGAUGAAAAUAGGGAGUCAAUCGAACAGUGGAUUCACAACUUCUUCGACCCAACUGAGAGUUCAUCGUCCAAGAAUUACCUUUCGUUGGGAUUACUUCUAUUUGGUGUUCUCUUCAAAUUCUCCUUCUAG